CUGGCGCUCAGGCGCGAGCCGCCCCUCCCGCUCGGCAGUCUUCCCUCUCCCCUCGGCCCUCCCUCCGCACCUCUACAGCCACCCCGUGCCUCCUCCCGGCCACGCGCCUUCCCCUGCUGGCGCCAGGCGGAGCGCUGAGUGUGGGUCGCCAACCCAGCCCUGUAGCCUCCUCCGAAUAACCGACACCUGGCUCCUGGGCCUAAGUGGCCGGUGAGGCAGGAUGCAGUCGUGUCGGGGAGCCGCGGCCGGACGCCGAGCCUUCGACAGCAUCUGCCCCAACAGGAUGCUGGAGCUGCGGGGCCGGCCUUUCAGCAAGCCCGGGAAGCAGGACAAGAAGUUCGCCCCUCCGCGGAAGUUCUUUCCUGGUUGCAGCGGCGGCAGUCCAGUGUCGGUCUACGAAGAUCGGCGGGACGCGGAGCCCUCUGCGCUGCCAGCGCUCACCACCAUAGACCUGCAGGACCUCGCCGACUGCUCCUCGCUACUCGGGUCCGACGCGCCGCCUAGUGGUGACUUGGCCACACUGCAGAACCAUCCCCUCCAAACUGCAGCGGACUUUGAUCUGCAGGAUUUCAGAGACACAGUGGAUGAUCUCAUUUCAGACUCAUCCUCUUUGAUGUCGCCUCCUCUGACCGGCGGAGACUUUCCCUUCUCUCCUGGCGACGUAUUGCCAUUUGGGCCCUGUCUCUCUCCGCCGCUGGACCCAAGGGCACUGCAGCCACCGCCGCUGCCCCCUCCAGACGUGCCCCGGCCGGAGCAGUACUGGAAGGAAGUGGCCGACCAGAACCAGAGGGCACUGGGGGACGCGCUCGUUGAGAAUAACCAACUGCACGUGACACUGACCCAGAAACAGGAGGAGAUCGCCUCGCUCAAAGAGCGGAACGUGCAGCUAAAGGAACUUGCCAGCCGGACCCGGCACCUGGCCUCGGUGCUGGAUAAGCUGAUGAUCACGCAGUCCCGGGAUUGCGGGUCCACAGCCGAACCCCUGCUGCUCAAGGCGACAGCCAAGAGGAGCCUGGAGGAGUUGUUCAGUGCUGCGGGGCAGGAUUGCGCGGAAGUGGACGCCAUCCUGAGGGAGAUUUCCGAACGCUGCGAUGAAGCGCUGCGGAGCCGCGACCCCAAGCGGCUCCGGCUACAGCCAGAGCCCGCGAGCAGGGCUGACAUGACGGGGAACCUGCACGGCACCUUCCGGGGGCUGAGCACGGACUGCAGCCGCAGCGCGCUAAACCUGAGCCACAGUGAGUUAGAAGAGGACGGCUCCUUCAGCACCCCCAUCCGCAGCCACAGCACCAUCCGCACCCUCGCUUUCCCCCAGGGCAACGCCUUCACGAUUCGGACCGCCAGCGGGGGAUACAAAUUCCGCUGGGUCCCCAGUUGAGCGGGAAUGUGCUUCCCCCAAACACUGCGCUGUGUGUCCGGCCUGAAGCGCCUGGAGGCUGAUUGGGAGUAGCUGGAACUGUUCCGGGAACCUGGCUUCUCCGAACUCCCCCUGCUGGGGGGAUGCCACCCUGAAACUUUUUAUUUUUCCAGGAACAAAAUCGUCUCAAUAAUGAUGUAUUGCAAAGUCCCGGUAUAAAACACUAUAUUCCCUCCCCUUCCACAGUGUGUGCUGUAUGUGUGCGUGUACACACACAUAUAAAUCUCAAUUUUAAAAGUAUUUAUUUUUAGUAGCUUUGAAUUAUGUGCUUUCAGAGAUGCAAAGGGCUUAGAAAUCGCUUAGCUAUUUUAUAAUUGUAUUGUGCCCUGGUUUUAUAAGAAGGGAAA